AUGGGUUUGAGAUUAGAUGUAACUACAAGAUGGAAUUCAACCUAUUUAAUGCUUGAAAGUGCAAUCAAAUAUAAGGAAGCUUUUGAAAUUCUCAAAGUGGUUGAUAGAAAUUAUAAGAAUUGUCCAUCUUCUGAGGAAUGGAAUAGGGGAGAGAAAAUAUGUCAAUUCUUAGAACCAUUUUAUGAGAUUAUAAACAUGAUGUCUGGUUCAUCUUAUCCCACUUCAAACUUGUAUUUUAUGCAAAUUUGGAAAAUUCAGCUCAUCAUUGAAGAGAAUUUGUUGAAUGAAGAUGUCAUCUUAAAGGAUAUGGCUUGUAAUAUGAAAGAAAAGUUUCAAAAGUAUUGGAAGGAGUAUAGUAUUGGGUUAGCUUUUGGAGCUAUUCUUGAUCCACGACUAAAGGUUAAUUUUAUAACAUAUUGUUGUAAAAAAUUGGAUCCUCUAACCUAUGUAGAGAAAACAAAGAAAGUGUUAGAGAAGUUCAAGAGGUUAUUUAAAGACUAUGUAAAGGACUUUUCUACCUCUAGUGUUUCUCUUUCCCAAUCACCUACUGAAUCCAUCUUGAUGUCUCAGUCCAAUACUGUAGGGAAAAAGUUUAAGAGAUCAAGGAUUAUUUCAGAUUCUAAAAUGUAUCAGAAUGAAUCAAAAUCUAUCAUUGGAAAGAAUGAGAUAGAUGUUUAUUUAGAUGAACCAACAAUAGAUGAUGAUGAAUACGGUGAAGAUUUUGAUGUGCUCAAAUAUUGGAAGAGUAAUGAGAAAAAGUUUGCCAUAUUGUCUAUAAUGGCUCGAGAUGUGUUUAGUAUUCCUAUUACUACAUUGGCAUCAGAGUCAGCUUUUAGCAAAGGUGGGCGUGUACUUUCGAAAUAUAGAAGCUCCAUUCUUCCAGAGCAUGUGCAAAUGUUGAUUUGUACUCAAAAUUGGCUAUAUGGAUUUUCUGAAAAUCCUAAUGAUGAAAUUGUUGAAGAUAUUUUUGGUCAUGAGGAAAUUGAUGAGUCUAAACUUUUAGAAGAUGUUGAAAGUCUUCAACAUUGUGGGCAGUGA